AUGUUUCCCAUUUCAGCAAUGAAGCGGGGCAUUGGAGCUAGUGGUAAAUCAGUCAACUUCCUUCUGGCUGAGUCACUAGAUGACUUAAGUGCAAAGAUUUCAAAACUACCUGGUCCUAUUAAGUGUGUAAUUGGGGUCUUCAUGUUUUUAUGCAUUCUGCCAGAUGCCAAGAGGUUGAUAGGUAGGAGAUUUAGUGAUGCCUCUAUGCAGAGUGACAUCAAAUUGUGGCCCUUCAAACUUAUCUCCGGACCAGGUGAUAAACCAAUGAUAGAAGUCAACUACAAAGGUGAAGAGAAGCAAUUUGCAGCUGAGGAAAUCUCUUCUAUGGUUUUAAUUAAGAUGAAAGAAAUUGCUGAGGCAUUUAAUGGUUCAACUGUAAAGAACGUUGUGGUCACUGUCCCAGCAUACUUUAAUGAGUCCCAACGUCACGCAACUAAGGAUGCAGGUGUAAUUUCUAGUCUGAAUGUGAUGCGUAUCAUCAAUGAACCAACAGCUGCUGCCAUUGCUUAUGGUCUUGACAAGGCAACCAGUGUUGGUGAGAAGAAUGUGCUUAUUUUUUAUCUUAGAGGUUGUACUUUUGAUGUCACUCUUCUUACCAUUGAGGAGGGUAUCUUUGAGGUGAAGGCAACUACUGGAGACACUCACCUUGGAGGAGAGGACUUCGAUAACAGAAUGAAACUAGAUAUCACAGAGUCGGCAAUUUUAACAUCUUCCUUGGAUAAGCCAAGCAUUGCUAUGCACUAUUUGCUACAAUCCAAAAAACAAACACUAAAUCAAGAAGUUUACUUCUCUAGAUUACAAGACAAGAAACUCAUACAAUUUGAAACUUUGUUUUGCACUAAGCAUAGUGACAAGGCUUCCACUCGACAUCUCAAAAUGGGUAACUCCACCACCAAGGAGAUAAGUUUCACUGGUAUUUGGAAACUAGAUAACGUAGAGUUUGCAAUUUUUAAUCACACAAAACUCAUUCCGUCAUCUUCCCUUGAUAAGCCAAGCAUUGCACUAAUUGCUACUUGGAAUUGCUUCCAACACCAACCAAGAAAGUAUGCCACAGUACAAAGAAAAGAAGCUCAAACGAAUUGA